AUGUUCCGAUUUAUCGGCGCUUGGCUACAGGCGGUGCUCCGGUAUAUUGCUGCGUGGCUUCCGGCGGCGGCGGAUGAUUCUGACGCCGCUGUUUCGUCGCCUCAUGCGGCGAUGGAUUUCCCCGUCACGGCUUCGCUCGGCCCCCUCCACCGGCCGCUCCAUUCCUUCAGGGCCACCAAGAACAACCUGCCGGAUGGGGUCAGCGAGGGCCAGGUCCGGCGCCUCGAGGCAGAUCUGGAGACACUGUUCACCGAGCUCAAGAUCGUGUCGGAAGCGGACGACCCAAGCUUCACGGCCAGGUGCUGGAUGAAGGAGGUGCGGGAGCUCCGUUACGACGCGGAGGACUUCUUCAACGAGGUCCCGCACUCCUCCGCCGGCGCCGGCGACGGUGCCACCCGCAGAGGCGCUCUCCUCACCACCAUCCUCUCGAUUCCCAGUAGGCUGAAGCGGCGGCGGCAGGUUGCAGAAGCUUUCUCAGAUCUGCGGGCUCGCGUGAAGGAUGCGAGUCAAAGACGCCAAAGUUUCCAGCUUGGUCCAGCGACCAUGAGAGAUGAAUUUGGGAAAGCCAAUGCCAGCCGCUCCCCCAAAUUUAUCGGUCUUGAGGAGUCCAUGGACAAGCUUGUCAAACUGAUGGCUUUUGACAGUGAAGAUGCAGAGCAACAAGUUCAGGUGGUAUCUAUCGUUGGAUCUGCAGGUGUUGGCAAAACCACACUUGCCAGGACCUUCUAUUGUAAAUUUGGAUGGAAAUUCCAGUGUCGGGCUUUUGUGCGGGUGUCGCGAAAUCCAGACAUGAGGAGGAUGCUUUCCAGCAUGCUCUCACAAAUUAAGGCGCCACCGGUCCAUGGCUUUCCCGAUGUGCAGGACCUUAUUGACCAUAUCAGAGAAUAUCUGCAAUGCAAAAGAUACUUGAUUGUAAUUGAUGACUUAUGGGCCUCCUUGACAUGGGAUGUUAUUAGCCGUGCUUUUCCUGAUGGUGAUUGUUGCAGCAGAAUAAUAGUAACCACGGAAAUCGAGGAUGUAGCACUGGCAUGCAGUAGGUACCAGUUUAAGUACAUGUAUGAGAUGAGUCCUCUUAAUGGUGAUCAGUCAAGACAGUUAUUCCUUGGUAGAGUUUUUGAGUCUGAAAAUGAUUGUCCUCCAGAUUUCAAACAAGUUGCAUAUGAGAUUAUCCGGAAAUGUGGAGGUUUACCAUUAGCAACUGAAGAUAUAGCAAGCAUGUUAGCAUGUCAGCUAAACGUCGAUCAAUGGAAACAUGUAAGAGAUUCUUUACCCUCUUUGAGUUUGAGGACAAACCCUAGUUCUGAAGGGUUGAAAGAAGUUCUCAACAUUAUUUACAAUAACCUUUCGCCAAAUUUGAAGACAUGCUUGCUAUAUCUUGGUAUAUAUCCAGAGGGAUGGACUAUCAGCAAAGAUGAAUUGGUGAAGCAAUGGGUAACUGAAGAUUUUGUCCGCGAUGAGCAAGACAGAGAGAAAACUGCACGAGAUUAUUUUGAUAUACUUGUCAGUAGAGGAAUGAUCCAGCCUGUAGAAAAAGAUUAUAAUGAUGAGCUGUUGACAUGUACAAUUCACCACAUGGUACUAGAUCUUAUCAGGUGCAAAUGUCUCGAGGAGAAUUUCAUCAUUAAUGUGAGCUGCUUUCAAACAACUCCAGGUCUUCCUGACAAGGUUCGUCGACUGUCUGUCCAGUUUGGUGGUGCAAAAUGUGCAAGUAUACCAGCAGACUUCAUGAUGACUCAAGUUAGAUCACUUGUUUAUUUUGGGUUCUAUAACUGUGUACCUUCCAUUGUGGAAUAUAAGCUCCUUCGAGUUCUGAUUCUUCAUAUCUGGGCUGAUGAAAGCAAAAUAUUUGACCUCACUAGAAUUAGUGAACUGUUUCAGCUGAGGUAUCUGAAAAUUGAUUGUAACAUCACUGUCCAUCUGCCAGAUGAGAUUCGACAGCUAAAAUUCUUGGAGACACUGGAGCUGCAUGCACCAGUAAAUGAUAUGCCAUCGGAUAUUAGUUGCUUGCCAUUACUUCGCACUCUGGGCUAUUUUGAUCUCAGCAAGAACGCAACAGAGACUGUACAGAGCCUUGGGGAGCUGAACAAUCUCGAAGACCUUCAUCUCACUUGGUGUAACAGUACAGAGCCUGACAAUCUGAAGAACAAUAUGCAAUGCCUGGGCUCAAUUCUCGGGAAACUCAGCAACCUCAAGUCUUUAACUCUAGUACCUGCAGCCGCCUCUCAUGCAGAUGUUCUGGGCGACGCUGGUGGUGCAAGCGUGCAUAUUUCUGGCGAUGUCUUCAGCAGCGUGUCCUUUCCCCCAGCCCUUCUUCAGAGGCUUGAGCUAGGGCGCUGUUGCAUCUUUUCCAGCCUACCCGAGUGGACCAAAGAACUUGGCAAUCUCUGCGUUUUGAAGAUCUCAGUUAGGAAGCUGUUGAGUAAAGAUAUAGAUAUUCUCAAAGGAUUGCCAGCCCUCAUGGCUCUCUCGCUGUACGUCUGGACUGCCCCUGUAGGGAAGGUCAUCUUUGAUAACGAGGGAUUCUCGGUUCUCAAAUACUUCAAGUUCACGUGUGCUGCCCCAUGCGUGGCAUUUCUGAAAGGAUCAAUGCCUAGUGUCCGGGAGCUUAAGAUAGCAUUCAAUGCUAAUAGAAUGGAGCAAUACAGCCAGAUAUUUCCUGGCUUAGAGUACCUGAUAGAACUUAGAGAGAUCACUGCAGAAGUUGGGGGCACUGGUACUGAUGAAUCCGAUAAAAGGUAUGCGGAGUCGGCAUUGAGUGGCGCCAUUGCCAAUCAUCCAUGCACUCCUAUAAUCAGAGUACAGUGUGUAGAUCAGAUUUUAUUUGGUGCCGUCACACAAGAACAAGAACACUGGACUCUGGACGAACAACAUGAGAUACAAGAGGAAUUGCUUGAUCCUCCCAUACCAGUACAAGAUCAGCCAGACAACAGCACUCCAGGCACUGAUGGUAAGGAUGAUUUCCAGAAGUUGCGCACAUACCUUCUAUUGCUUGGCAUCCUUGCCGCCACAGUCACCUACCAAGCUGGGAUGAGUCCACCAGGAGGCUUUUGGGCAGAUAACAGUGAUGUGCAUACUGCUGGUUGA